AACAUAGGGGAGAAUUGUAAGCUCCAAUGAGAUUUGGGCUUUGAUAUCUCAGGCCCAUACUGAUUUGAGACCCGUAUUAUUCGAGCCUGGUUGGCACUCCGCCCCGCCCCGAUCUGUACAUUCGGGGUCUUCAGUCGUCAACAGAAUAUGUGCCAUUUGGAUCCGCUUCCGAAAACUGACUCCGUCCGGAGCUUAACGCCCCUCAGGAGAAAACCAAUCCGAGGCAGAGCCAGCCUCAGUCUCAAACCGUCAGCAACGGAAUCAAGGAAGAAGAAGCAGCAGCAGAAGCUGCAGAACAAAACACUCCCCACAUCGUCUUCUUCUUCUUCCUCAAAAUCCUUCAAGUUCUUCACAGGACGCCUGCAAUGGCACUUGUCAUUGCGUGCGGAGAAUCGUCGCCGUCCCACAUUGCCCUUCUGAGUUGCUUGAAUCGAACCCUCGACUCCAUCAAGCACAACAUUGCUCGCAUUUUUGUCUACAUUUUGUGCUGCCAAGCUAACAACGCCAGGGGUAAGGAUCUACUUCCAACUACUUUUGAAGAUUUCAUGAAAAAAUGGGAUGAGAAUUACCAUUUGAGUGCUCAACGUUGGUUCAAAGAGGAAGAAUUCCGACGGUGAACAAGAUCCAUACGCAGUUUUCAAUGCGUUGGAUGCAAUGUUGAAGGACAGUUUGGAACGUCUGAAAACAAUGAGGGAAAGCAUAUCAAUGGCAGAGAUAGGCUUUAUAAGUUGCGCUUCUAAAGUUAACUACAUGGAUCACAUGGGCAUCAUAAGGGUUUUAUGCAUGGAUGGUAAGUUGGGAACAGCUUUUUGGCUUCGGAGAAAAAUCACUAGGAAAGGCUUUGUUCCUGAUGUUUUGACGCACAAUUAUCUUUUAAAUGGACUGUGUAAAACUGGUCACUUGGAGAAGGCAGAUUGGCUAAUUAGAGAGAUGUUAGAAAUGGGCCCUCCUCCCAAUUGCGCCACGUACAACACAUUUAUUAAGGGUUAUUGCCUUCUUGAUGAUGUGGAUAAAGCUCUUUAUCUUUUCUCUACAAUGAGUAACAUUGGUAUUAGUCCGAAUAGGGUCACUUGCAACAUACUUGUACAUGCAUUGUGCAAGAGAGGUCUUAUGGAGAGUGUGAAGAAGCUUCUUAACAAGAUAUUAGAUGAUGAUUAUGACAAGACACCAUCAGAUUUAAUUACCUCAACUACACUUAUGGAUGGUUAUCUUAAAAACGGAAAUAUGGCUCAGGCACUUCAUAUUUGGGAUGACAUGGUCCAAAUGAAUACCCAAGUAGAUGUCGUUGCAUAUAAUGUUCUCAUCAAUGGAUUUUGUUUGAGUCGAGACAUGAACCUUGCUUAUGGUUCCCUUUGUGAAAUGAUCAAAAGAGGAUUGCUUCCUAAUGUUAUUACUUUUAAUACACUUAUAAGUGGUCUUUGCAAAGAAGGAAAAUUAGAGGAGGCUUGCUACGUCCAUGAAAGUAUGUCAAAAAUGGGAGUUACUCCAAAUGAUGUUUCAUACAAAAUAAUUGUUCAGGGCCUGUGUAUUAAAGGAGAAGUUUUCAGAGCUAACAAGUUUCUUCUUCGUAUGCUAGAAAAGUCAAUGGCGCCUGAGCCUCUACUAUGGAAUUGUAUUAUUGAUUGUUAUGGAAGAUAUGGGGAUCUUAGUGCUGCACUCUCUGUCAAGGAUCAUAUGUUCGCUUCUGGUGUUCAACCAAAUGUGUAUACUUACAAUGCGUUGAUCCAUGCACAAGUAAAGGGAGGAAACAUUGAUCGUGCUCUUGCUUUCAAAAAGGAAAUGCUUAUGUCUGGUCUUUGUCCUGAUGUGGUCACUUAUAAUUUGUUGAUAGGUGCUGCUUGUAAGUUAGGGCACAUUCUUUUUGCAUUCCGGUUAUAUGAUGAAAUGCUGACAAUAGGAUUUUAUCCAGAUAUAUUUACUUACACUGCACUAAUCAGAGAGCACUGCUUGAGAGGUAACAUGAAGGAGGCAGAAGAGCUUUUUAUGAAGAUACAGGAAUCUGGUUUAACUAUCGAUUAUGUUCCAUAUUGUAUACUUUUCAAGGAGUACUGCUAAAUUAAGGAGCCUGACAUGGCAUUUGGUGUUUACCAGAAGUGGCUGAGAAGGGGUUGUGAGUUAUCCUCCUUAAACUCAGAUCAUGCAUCGAGCAUGUUGGAACAUUGCCGUUUUGGCAUGCAAGUCAAAUUACUUGGAUCUAAAUCCAUAGAAUCCAUUCUGGUAAUGGCAUUUUUCUACUUGUGGCAAAUGGGAAUCUUUUGUUUGCUUUUCUAGAAGGAUCAAAGCAGUCUUCAGCUUGACGGUCCUGCUCCUAAAACUUGGGGCCAGAUCUGAUCAUUCCUUUCAUGGAAAUCAGGAUGCUUUAAUAUACUUGUGAAUAUUGGAUGAGCCCAACAUCCUACAAUUUUGACCACCAUUAUAAUGACAAAUCCUGACGCAAUGGAGUAUAUUCAACCGGACUUUGGCAUGAAUGCUUCACCUAUAGUUGUUCAGAUGAUAUGCCGUAUAUACAAGAGGUGGAUACAGGAUUGAUUGCCUACAUGCACAGUCCGCCCGUCUUAGCACAGUGAUAAGUGAGCAAGGGUCGCUGUAUCUCCAUCGGCACCCGGAUGCAGUG